CGUCAUAUCCGGCGUCAUAUGUCAACGCACCCUGCUUGCUAAACUAGCAAAACAAGAGGCACAAAUAAUUAACUAAUAAUAGUGCUUUUAAAGCAUAUGUGACGUAUAAUAGUUGGCUCGUAGCAGUAUUAAUGUAUCGUCACAAUGUUGUGAUGUCUUUAUCAAGUGAAAAUGAUAUACCUUUCGUCUGCACAGUAUUUCCUCAUUGGUUUUAAUUUUCUGCAUAUAUUUGGAAGUGAUUGUGGUCCAGCCGAAUACAAAAAGUUUGAUGGGCAGUGCUGCCCAAUGUGUGGUAAAGGCUUGGUGGUCCGGAGAGAUUGUACAAUAGAGUCCAGCACAUCUUGUAUACCCUGUAUCAGAGGGACCUUCAUGAACGAGGCCAAUGGUCUAACCAAGUGCUUUCCCUGCAGUUCCUGUGACCCAGGACAGGGCCUGUUCACUCAGACCGAGUGCAAACCAACAAGUAACACAGUCUGCCACGUUUUAGAUGGAUACUACUGUAGAAGCUACUCAUCCAACUCUGAGUGUAGCUUUGCAGUAGAACAUACACACUGUUCACCGGGACAGAGUACUAAAUCACCUGGUACAAAGACAACAGAUACCAUGUGUGAGGAGUGUCAGCAUGGCUUUUACUCACAAUAUGGUGUGAACUGCACUGCUUGGACUGAUUGUGCAGCAAAGGGACGCGUGAAGACUGAAGAUGGAAAUUCUAGACAAGAUGUUAUUUGUAACAAAGUGGCACCAAGGAUCCAUAUCACUCUAAUAGCUCCAAUAUUAUUAUUAUGCCUAACAGUUGCUGCACUGUUUGGUUUCUACCUGGCAAGAGCUAAACGUAAAAAAGAGUUCCAUGGAUUCUCUGAGGUUCCUGUGCAAGAAACGGGACAUCAACAAGUAUCUACCAGUAACUCCCUAGAGGAAACAGCAGAAAAUGUGCCUGGUAAUGUUGUAGCUGAUGUUCCACUAAACUGAGGAAGUGCCAUGAAUGCAUGCAGAUACCCAGAAGGCACCUGCAUUUUGACUAAUAAGUGCACUUAUCUGGAGUAGACUAUUUAAUACAGGCACAGAAAUUGGUUAACUUUAUCCACCUGUUCUUAUAUCUACCAAAACAUUGUCACUUUUUACUUACAUGUUUUAUAUUAACAGUACCUGUGCAUUUAACAUAAAUAUUAAAAUGUCCCUGUUUGAAACACCUGAA